AUGCACAUCUCCAGCGGACUACUCAUCUCCAUUGCUGCGAUCGCCUCUACGUCGGUUUUCGGCCAAAUUUGCACGAAAGAGGUUGAAGGGUGUGGGCUUAUGGGCGUGAUGAUACUCAACCGGUACAACGACCGGUGUACUGAUGAAGGCAGGGGCAAUGAGUGUUGCACGACGAAGUGCAAAAUGGCUCGAUGCGGCGUUAUGCCAGGGUGCGUACAGGACGAGGAUUGGAACAAGUCUGACCGCUAUUCAACGGCAUGUGACCACGAAGAUGUCUAUCAUGGUUGGGAUUUUCUUGCUUGCUGUUCGUGGAAGUGCAACAAUCCUGGCGAGUAA